AUGUACAGAAGACUCUCAAAUAUUGAUCGAAUAAAAUUAUAAUUCAAACUAAACCAACAAGUCAAAGAGUUAUUAUAGAAGGGUGAAAUAGAUAUUGACAAUCCUACCCACUUUGAGGUAAACUAUAUUUGAAGUAAAGGUUAUUGUGGGUAUUUUAUCAAAGGAGUAAAAAUAAAGAAACUAAAAUGAAUUGAACUUAUUAUCAUAAGCGUUUUACUCUAUUAAAUAUUUUACUGAGAUGCAAAAAACAACAAGUUAAGAGGAAAUGCUUAAUCUUUAUAGAGAAUUACAAUACAUCAAUGUACCAGCACGUCGGACACUUUUUCGUUUUGGAGCAAUUGGAAAAAAUUUUUAUAUAAUUUUGAGAGGUAGUGUAUGGGUAUUUAAAUAUUUAUUAUUUAAAAGGUUUUAGUUGGAAAAAGUGGUUUGGGUGAUAAUAAAAUUGAAGUAAUAGAAAAAAAAGGAGACAAAAAAAAUGAUAAAAAGAAAAAGGUUGAAAAGGAAUAUGAUGAAGGUGAAGAAUCAGUAUAAUUAAUGAAUUUAUAAAAGGAUGAAGAUGAAUUUUAAGAUGUGGAUGAUGAAAAAAUGUUAGAACUUAAAUACCCUAAUAUGAUGAAGGUUGGUAAAAUAGAAUAAGGAGGUAGUUUUGGAGAGAUAGCUCUUACAAAUUGUAUGCCUAGAUAAGCGACUAUAGUUUGUGCAGAAGAUUGUUAAUUUAUUAAACUAUCAAGAGAGGCUUUUCAUACAUUCUUAUGUAAUAAACACUUUUAUUAUUUAUUUAGCUGAAUAUUAUAUAAGAAUUUAAAAUAAAAAUUUUGAAUUUUUGAAAUCAAUCAAUAUAUUUACUGAUUGGAAUGAUACUGACAUCAGUGUUAUUUAAUAUCAUUUCUAAUCUAUAGAUUAUGCCAUGAAUAAUGUUAUUUUUAAAGAAGGAGAAUCAAUUAAAGGAGUUUAUUUCAUUGUAUCUGGUUUAGUUGAAUUAUAAUAGAAAAGUAAAGAUUUAGAAAAUAUGCAAUAAUCUAAAUAACCAAAUAAAUAAUAAAUAGUUAUCAAUCGAUAUAGUAAAGGUCAAUUCUUUGGUUUUAUGGAAAUUAUGAAAAAAUAAUCUUAAAGAGAAACCAAAGCAAUUUGUUUAACAGAAAAAGUUUAAACUUUAUUUUUAUAAGCAGAUGUAAAUCUUAUUAUUUAAAUUUAGAGAUUUAAAUUAUAUUGUUGUAGAGGAGAAUCAUUGAAAACUCUAUAAUUAAUGAUGAAAAAGUUAGAAUAUAUCAUAACAAAGGCCAAUCAGAUUUAUGGAGAAACUUAAAGAUAAUCAAAAUAAUCUUUAUCAUUAAAUCUAGUUGAAAAUGAUUCGGUUUUACAACGUAUGAAAACAGAAAAUCAACCUAUUUGUAAAACUAAUAGAAGCCGUAUUGUUAAAAGAUCUUUAGAUAUUCUUGCUGGAGUUUCUCAUUAAUCUUCUAAAAUUUAAAGCUAUUAUGAAAGUGUUUCUUCAUUUCUCAAAGAUCCUUAAGUUAAUUUAAACCUAAAUAAUCCACUUAUUCAUAUUGAACCUAGCAAACGAUUAAAAAUGUAAUAAUUGCAAUUCUAAUUGUAAUAUUGUCCACAUCCACCCCCUCUUACUUCAAGAAUUCCUUAAUUUUCUAACGGGGAUUCAAAAUAAGUUUUACUUAGGCAACUUAAGUUACCUAGUAUAUUCAAAUCAUAAUAGGAAUAAGAUGAUCGUAUAUCUAUUAGAUAAUUAGAUCCUGUAGUUUGA